ACAUAGCGUCUACCCUUUUGUCGAACCGAGACAAACAAGUGACAUAUCUGGAAAGUCGCAGUGUUUCAAUAAAACCUCUAGUUCUAUGUGAAGUUGUACAGUAUAUUGUUAAUUUGCAGUUUCAAUAACUCUGAAGGACAUUAAGUAGAAUAUGUUAGUACCAAAGAUUGGCGUCGUGUGUACCCACGCUAGACUGGGAAUUCGAUGUGGCGAUCGCAGGUUCUCCUCAGCAUUGCAACAGCUUAUGCCUAGAAUUCGUUCAUUUAUAACCAUUCGUCAAUCUGCGACGACUGUUAUUGGUUCAGCGGAAGCGGUUCAACGAAUAUCCCGCGCAGAUAAACUAGUAGGCAGUUGGCUAUUAACAUGCAGUGGCAUGGCCUUGGGUGCCGUCUUCCUUGGCGGAUUAACCAGACUGACAAAGUCGGGCUUGUCGAUGGUGGAUUGGCACCCUCUGAAUGAGGGUCGACCUCGUACCCAGGCGGAAUGGGAAGCCGAAUUUGCCAAGUAUCAACAGUUUCCCGAAUAUAAGGUUCGCAAUAAGGACAUGACCCUUGAACAGUUUAAAUCGAUUUACUGGAUGGAGUACAUUCAUCGGAUGUGGGGGCGCACAGUCGGCGCAGCCUUCUAUAUACCGGCAGCCGCUUUCUGGGCUAGGGGCUACUUUAAUAGGGGCAUGAAAAAGCAGAUAAUAUACCUUGGUACUCUGCUGGCAGCGCAGGGUCUAAUGGGCUGGUAUAUGGUACGCAGCGGCUUGGAAGAAAAACAUCCCAGUUCACACGAUACCACUCCACGCGUAUCUAAUCUUCGGUUAGCAGUUCAUCUUGGUGCCGCGUUUUUCUUCUACGGUCUACUCUUCCGGGCAGCCCUUCACCGUUUAAUUCCUGCUCAACGGUUGGCAUACAGCAAGCCACUAGUGAGGUUUUCGUGGUAUGGUCGCCUUGCCACGGGACUGGUAUUUACGACCGCACUUAGUGGAGCACUUGUCGCUGGAAUUGAAGCCGGCUUGGUGUAUAACUCAUUUCCGAAAAUGGCGGAUAGUUGGAUUCCCUCAGAUAUUUUGGCGUUCGAACCGAAGUGGAAGAACUUCGUAGAGAAUCCCACUACGGUACAAUUUGACCAUCGACUUCUUGGUGAAACGGUGUUUUGCCUGCUAACAGCAUUGUAUAUUUACUCACGUAAGGUGCCACUUCCUCCACGAGCACGGCUUGCAACCCACGCGAUGCUGGCGGCUGCUUGGCUUCAAGUGGGCCUUGGCAUCACAACAUUGUUGACAUACGUGCCAACACCAGUUGCAGUAUCUCACCAAGUCGGAGCCCUCACUCUUCUCACUACGUUACUGUGGCUCACACAUGAACUUAAACUAAUUCGAAGACUGCCCAAAUGACUCGCUAAGAAAACCCUGUAGCUUCAAAUUAUUUUGUCAGGACCUUGGUGUGAUCGGAUUACUACGCUAAUGUUUUAAUUGUCCAUGUAUUAAGCUGUUUAGGUUAUCUAGAGCAUAUUUAUUGUCAGGUGGUUUAAAUAAUUGAAUUUGUUAGAGAGACGGAUACGAUAGCGCACCCUAUAGAAUGAGUAUUGUACUUUUUUUUCAUUAUAGAUAGAAGUUUUAACGGAAAUGACAAAUCUGUCUCAGAUGUAUGUAUCUGCCAGCUAGCCAGCUGUGGCCUUCAUUUAACGUGAACACUCCUGAUAUCUAAGUACGGCCGACAAUAGAAGGAAAGCUCCAGUGGUGGGGUUUUAAAUGGUUAACUUUGCCAAUGGUGCAUAUAACCACAUACUUUUGUGUUUGCAGAAAAAUAUGUUUUAAAAAAAAUAUAGUAUUUGCAGUACGAAAAAUGUACCUUAUACAUCAGCGGUUUGCAGCUUGAGGAAAAGGCGUGCUUAGAUUUAGAAUAUUAUUAUAUUAGCAAAAACAGUGACCAAAUGCGUUAAUAUUUCAUUAUCAAUUGAAAAUUAUAUUCAAUGUAUUUAUUAAAAUAAAUAUAAAGAGUUGCAGUAUAAUACUUCCGUCGUUUUCACAUUGAUGUAUGAAUAUGAUACUUUUAAAAGAUGCAUCUUAACUUGAUAGUUGUUAUCGCGGGAGUUGCACUCAUCUCUCUCUUUUUUUUUUUUUUUUGUACACAAUAAUCUUUAGGAAACGCGCAUUUUUUAUCGAUACGGGGACUUCGGGCGGAGGAUGUCUAAGUGAAAAUAGCGACUGAUACUCUUCGCGUAUUUUGUCUGAAUCAAAUGUUAUUAUCAUCGUCAUGUCAUUGUGUAUGCAAACAGAUAAUGCAACUGUACUUGCUUUUGCGUGAAAUCAGCACAUUGUUGCGUGGCAUAAUGACGGGGGGGAUUCAUUGCACGAACGCUGUUGACGAUCUAAGGUGCGCAUCACGCAGCUGCGCGUUAAGAUACGUGGGAGUGGUUCUGUGGCUUCACCUGCUCCGAGAAAGUCAACUAAAACCCCAGCACGAUAUUUUGAUUCUUGCAUUUAUAUUUCUAAUAAAAGCUAAAACAGGACUUGUUUUUGCGAUCCAUUUUUUCGUCACAGUCUGUUAGAUCGAAGUAAUCCUAUUGCGCUGCGAGAAAUUCAAACAUUUCGUUGGAAUCAUACAUAUUCGCGUACAUUUGAUAACCAGAUGUGGUUAGUUGUGGGUAAGAUGCUAGAACUUUAGUAAUAAUUCUUCUUAUGGAACACUUCUUCGGUUUCUUCACGUAUGACCACAGAAGUGCUGAUGCGGUGCUCCAUGGGUUAGUUCACUUAAGAUAAAAAGAUAGCAACUUUUGUCGAUUCCUGUUUGUCUUAAUGUUUAAGAAAUAUAUUAUUAUUUUUUAAAAGAAUUAUCAAAAAGGUGUAAUACCGUAAUGAAAUACUCUAGUUACCGAAAAAAAAAUUAUGUUAAGUAUCUAGAUUCUUUGAAUGUUUCGUUUUUGUUUUUUGUUUCCUGUGGCACUUAAUUGCCAGGAAUGGUAAGAUGCGAAAGCAAAAAUGCCACAUGUUUCGCAGAAUGCUCUCCUUGGACUGUUCAAAAGCUUGUACUUUUUCAUACGGAAGUUCUCCAGUAGGUCUUAAUAUUUGUAAAUGCACGGUAUACGAUUUUUUUCCGUACUUCAUCUCCUUAUUUCAAACAGCCAAAUUAUAUCGAAAAUUCGCCACCAUUUUCAGGCGUGGAAUCCCUUAAUUGUUUUGCGUUAGCUUCUUUUCAAUAAAGCAGAUGUUUUUAUUGUCUUUCUUUAAGUAAAUGUCAAGUUUGCCAAGCAACAAACUCGACUACCACUGUCUAUGGAAAGAUUUCAAAAAAUAAUAUAUAGAUAAUAACUGUUUGUACCAUAAUUACCACUUUUAAUAUUUGGGAACCUCAAUAAAGCCUUGCAACUAUUUGUGUUUCCACACAAGUUGCUUUGCGCGCUUUUUCUAGAAACAGUUUCUCAUAGUUCUUUAGGAUGAUGCAUGUUUCAAUGUUCUUAGCAAAGGAAGCCUUAUUUGCUUUGCAUGGGCGGUCUCCAUAGUAUUAUACAGGUGGCAUGCUUUUUCACCAAAGAUGGAGACAUGUAGUAGUCUAGGCACAGACAUACUUUGUGCUGGGAACCAGCCAUUUGGACUAUUAACGACCAUAUCGGACGUAAAACUCGAAACUAAGAUUGUUCUGUACUUCUUCUAUAUAAGCUAAGAUUUUUUUAAAGCAGUUAUCCCAGCUUAUUUAAUUAAUUGUUCCAGAAUGAUAUUUUUAUUCUUAGAAAUAUAAAUAAGCCGAUACAAUAAAGGUUUACCUAUCUAGUAUUUUUAUCUAGGAAUCAAGCGAUUAAAGCUGCAUCUAAGCCUUUUUAGUCAUCAUAAACAAGCGAUCUCUGAGGUUGUGUAUUAAUUUGACGAGGCUACAUUUGAUUCUGCUCAAAUAAGGCCAUUUCGUACGAUUGUUAACUUUCAGGUAGUCUAA